CCCCAACCUCUUGGGCCGGAACUAGGUUGCUGGCGCUCUUCACUUUUUAGUGGCAGUGGUUUGUUUACAAGUCUACCUUGGUUUUGAGACAGCCCAUCCUUAUAACCUCAUCACAUUGAUGAUGGAUCGCCAGGGCACAGUGUUAACACAGUUGGUGAAUGGCGGUUUCAACUUCCGUUCCCACGUUCUUUCAUUAUACCAUCAGUGGUCCUCUGGAAGAGUGGUAACAAUAGUUACCAACUAUUAGGUAUCUUACAUUAACUUGAUAAUCUAAGCUUUCAUCCUUUAACUCAGUAAAGUAUGUGGUGGUAUACUUCUCUUAAUGCAGAGAAACAAAUGAGUUCAAAGAAGUUAAAUACCUUUCCAAAGCCCUAAGUGGUAAAACCUUGGGCUUUCUGAUUCCACAGCUUCUGCUACAAUUAGAGAAACCGCACAUAAAAAGUCAGGGCUGAAAGUUCAAGUUAUUUUUAUCUUUGUAUAAACAUGAUGUAUGUGAAAGUACCUGGGUGCUUAGAACUUGAGCAUUCAAUAAAUAUUGAUUCAUCUCAUACUCUUUCGGAAGUCCUUGAGAAAAGUGCAAAAAGGAUUCUUGGAGACUCAACUCAGUGAUCAUGUGGCCCUGGGAAGUCACUUCUCCCUCUGGGACACAGAAAGGAACUUCCUAGGCCUUCAUUUUCUGUUAAACUAGAAAGAAGGCUGUUUUGUUUGUAAUUUAUGCCCUGCUGUACUAACAGGUAUCUGAGAUGUCCUCACAUACAAAACAGGAAUGACAGGUACAUUAAAGAUACCAAGUAGAGAUUAAACCAGGUGAUUGUUGGGGUCUCUGAGUCUAAGUCUCUUUCAUAAUUGAAUCCCUACACAGCCCAACAGCUGAGAGACACAGCCCACAUCUCUCCCUCCCCUGCUGCUUUAAGUUCCCAGGCUCCCUAAAAUUUCCUUCUUUUUCCGAGGUACUCCUUAGGAAUAGGAAUUCUUAAUUCUGUUAUCCUGGCCACCUGGAAUGGAAUCAUUCUUUCAUCUACAACAUAAGAAAGAAUUUUGGUUUUGCUUCUGCUUCAAAUAAGUCUGGAUGCUUUGUCUUGUCUUUCCAACCUCCAUCUCUCUUCUUUGGGAUUGUUACUCAAAAUGCAGAAUAGUCCCAAAGGGCUUGUGCUGUGUUUAGUUCUAAUAUUUUCUCUUGACUUCCUUUUUGCGAGAAAUUCCUUAAGUGCUUUGUUAUUUCACUAUACCUCCAUGGCUGUAAUCCUUUGAGGAAAAUGAACAUUAGUUUUUUUUUUUGUGAAUAUUUGAAUACAAGAUUGAGGUUUAUAUCAGCAAGUUUAAGUCUGUGGCACAGCUAAGAUUGGCACACAUCUAAGACGAUUUGGAUUCUUCACACAACUCCUCCCAUACAAGAGUUGUAGCUGCAUGACCAUCGUGAUAGAAUGUUGAACAAAUUGAGAAGCCAUAGGUUCUAAUUUUUAUUUGGGAAAUGGAUUCAGCCUUACAGCAAUGAUAUAUACAGAUUUACCAACAGCAUGAAUCAAGAAAAGUUAGCCAAACUUCAAGCUCAGGUCCGGAUAGGGGGCAAGGGUACAGCUCGCAGAAAGAAGAAGGUGGUACAUAGGACAGCUACUGCUGAUGACAAAAAGCUUCAGAGUUCUCUAAAGAAACUGGCUGUGAACAAUAUAGCUGGUAUUGAAGAGGUGAACAUGAUUAAAGAUGAUGGAACAGUUAUUCAUUUCAACAACCCCAAAGUCCAAGCUUCCCUCUCCGCUAACACCUUUGCAAUUACUGGUCAUGCAGAAGCCAAACCAAUCACAGAAAUGCUUCCUGGAAUAUUAAGUCAGCUUGGUGCUGACAGCUUAACAAGCCUUAGAAAGUUAGCUGAACAGUUCCCACGACAAGUAUUGGAUAGUAAAGCACCAAAACCAGAAGACAUUGAUGAAGAGGAUGAUGAUGUUCCAGAUCUUGUAGAAAAUUUUGACGAAGCAUCAAAAAAUGAAGCUAACUAAUCCUCUGGGUUCUGGAAGCUGGCAUGGACUAGAUUUAACAAUCAGCUCUGUUGUUCCAAAGUUUUACAGACACGGAGAACAUCACCUGUUACUAGUUCAGUAAUAUAAAUAUUUUGUAUAUUAAUAAUGCUGUUUGUUCAGCAUUUCUCGGUCAUUUGAUUUUGCAUUUUGCACUUCUUCCCAGGAUCUAUUCUUUUGGUCAAAAUAUGAAGUAUUGGUAUAGUUUGAGGGUGGUUUUUUGGUUUUUUUGGGGGGGAACUUUUGGUGUGUAUGUAUAUGUAUGUGUGUGGGUAUGUGUGUACACAGCGGACAGCAAAUUGGAUAACAGUUAUAUCUAUCCUCUUCCUUCCCCUAGUAGAAAUAAAACAAAUCUUUACAUUUGUUA